ACGUCUCAGGUUAGCGUCAGUUGCUUGGCGCACAUUUAGGAAACUCGCUGGUUUGAAGUUUUUGAAUGGGGUUUAAGUAUAAAUCUAGUUACAUUAAAUUGCCCAACAAAAUUACAUAUACAAGCCUUGAGCUGAUAUCUCGAAAGAACGACCUUAAAAGAGACGCUGCGUGUGAACGCGCGAAAAACAGACGUUCUUCUGGAAUGAGCUAAUAUAACGUUACUAGACGGUCGAAACACAUGGAGUCCCAGAAAAAGAUCUGCCAGUCUGACAGAAAUAACACUGACGCCUCUAGGAAAGAUGAGGACGAAGAGUGCUGCUCUAAUACCGCCUGUGAUAAAAAUGAAGAAAGGGAACCAUCCUCCCCAAAUCAGGGCGAUUUCAGUGAUCCGGUUUAUAAGGAGAUCGCAGUGGCCAACGGAACCAUCAACCGAAUGACCAGAGAAGAGCUGCGGGCUAAAUGUGCCGAGUUAAAGCUUGACACCCGGGGUGUUAAGGAUGUGCUGAGGAAACGCCUUAAAAGCUACUACAAAAAGCAAAAACUGAUGCAUUCUGCUGCUGGAGGGAACAGUGAUCUGUACUACGACUACAUCUGUGUGGUGGAUUUCGAGGCAACGUGUGAGGAGAAUAACCCACCUGACUACCACCAUGAAAUAAUCGAGUUCCCCAUAGUUCUGAUCGACACGCACACCUUGGAGAUUGUAGACACAUUUCAGGAGUAUGUGAAGCCAGAAGUAAGCCCACAGCUGUCUGAUUUUUGCACACAGCUAACAGGAAUAACACAGGAAAUGGUGGAUGAGGGGAAUACAUUCUAUACAGUUCUCAAGCGAGCAGUUUCUUGGUUAAAGGAGAAGGAACUUGGCACUAAGUACAAAUAUACGUUUUUGACUGAUGGGUCAUGGGACAUGGGGAAAUUUCUUUAUACUCAAUGUAAAUUGAGUCGCAUCAGAUACCCUCAGUUUGCCAGAAAAUGGAUCAACAUCAGAAAGUCUUACGGAAAUUUUUAUAAGGUUGCUCGUUCUCAAACUAAACUGAUCUGCAUGCUGGAGAAUCUUGGCAUGCAGUAUGAAGGUCGCCCCCACUGUGGUCUGGAUGACUCCCACAACAUUGCCAGAAUUGCAAUUCACAUGCUAAAGGACGGCUGUCAGCUCCGGGUCAACGAGUGCUUACAUUCAGGAGAACCCCAGAGCGUACCUGUCUCUGCUUCUUUUGAAGGAGCACCGGCACCACAAAAGCCUAAGAGCAGAGACUGAAAACAGAAUCAAAACAUUAUUUUUUGAUUGGAACAGUGAAUGUGGGCAAAUUUGUUUCUGUAUGACCAAACCUCAAUGUUGAUUUGAAACAGUGCAUUAGCCACAGUGAACACCACACAUUUGGCUCAGACUUUAGUUCAGUAUUCUGUACCGUUUUAAUUUGUGAUUAUAAUCUUAUCUGAAAGUUUGCUUCAUUGCAGGUCAGGAGUUUGAUGCUUUGAUCACACCCUUACAGUGAGUUAUUUGCCAUGUACUGUAUAGUGAAAUUUGCUACUGAAGAGUGGGCAAACGUGGAUAGAACUUGUUCAAGGCUUUUUUUUCAAGUCUAAUUGAUGGAUGAUCAAUAAUUACGCAUUUAUUUUACUUUCUGUUGUGUAUUCAUUGAAGACUGCUUAAUUUGUAUUCUUUUGCCAAUAAACAAAAUUUUAUAUCA